ACCGGAAGGGAAAGUCUUUCUAUAAGUAUUCCUCAUCUGAUCUCCUCGCAUUAUGCCUCUGUAACCACUCCAACUCUCUCUCCUCUUGUCCAUUCAAUAAUAUCACACGCACACAGAAGAACAAAGAAAAUUAUGGGCAGCAUCUGCACUUCCAAAGAGGUUGAAAGAGAGCUCCCUACACUUCUGAGGGUUUACAAGGACGGCACGGUCGAGCGCCUCUCUGGCACUCCAUAUGUCCCGCCUUGCUUGGAGGACCCCAAGACCGGCGUCGCGUCGAAAGACAUCACCAUUCGCGAGGACCCUCUCAUCCGAGCAAGACUCCAUCUCCCAAAACUCGAACCUGUUGAUGAACAGCCUCAGAAGCUCCCUGUCUUGGUCUACUACCACGGCGGCGGCUUCUGCUUCGAAUCCGCCUUCUCUCUGGUCGAGCAUCAGUAUCUCACCACCCUUGUCGCGGAAGCCAAGAUACUCGCCGUCUCCAUUGAGUACAGGUUAGCUCCCGAAUGCCCUAUACCCUCCAUUUACGAUGACUGCUGGGAAGCCCUCCAGUGGGUGGCUUCACACUCGGUCGAAGGUGGAGCCGCCGUGAAAGAGCCGUGGCUGGCUGACCACGGCGACUUCCGCCGUGUCUUCAUUGCCGGCGACAGCGCUGGAGCCAACAUCGCCCACAACGUCCUCAUGAGGGCCGGCCGCGACACUAUAGUUGGUGGCAUAAAGAUAUCCGGCGCUUACCUGACCCACCCCUACUUCUGGGGCUCUGAACCUAUCGGGUCGGAGCCUAAGACAGAUCACGACAAGGAUCUUCCGCACUUGGUCUGGACUUUCUUGUACCCGACGGUGAAGGACGGGAUCGAUAGCCCGAUGAUCAACCCGCUUGCGACCGGGGCCCCUAGCCUGGCGGGCCUCGGGUGCGGGAGGUUGUUGGUGAGCGUGGCGGAGAAGGACCUGCUGAGAGAUAGAGGGUUGAAGUACUGCGAGGCAGUGAAGGAGAGUGGGUUCAAGGGAGAAUUGGAGGUGGUGGAGGUCGAAGGAGAAGAUCACGCUUUCCAUAUCGUGACUUAUGAGAAGGAGAGCGCCCUGGUCCUGAUCAAACGGCUGGCUGCUUUUCUCAACAAAAGUUGCUAGCUUGUUUGCUCCAUUUUCGUUUGACCUUUUACAAGGUUGUUCAUGUGUGCCUUGUCAACAUCAGUUCCUGGAAAAAUGGAAACGUAAGCGUUGAUUUCGCUGUUCUAUGUA